AAUGUUUAUUUAGGGUUUAAGAUUAAAACUGUGAUCGAACAACGUUUAAAAUGGAAGUCUCCGAUAAAUUAGCUGACGGAAAAGAAAAUUUACAAUUUUGUGAACAUUGUCAAUUUGUAAAUAUAACAACAAAAGCAAAUGGAAUAUGUCGGGAAUGUGAAGAAUAUAUGUGCGAUACAUGCUUUUUAAAGAACAAGACAGAAUACUUUUCUAUCAUUCAGCUACACUUUUUCCGCGAACAGUUAAUAAAUACAGCAGGUAAAGCAUGCAUAAACAUUGGCAUCGCUACUGACAUUUACAAAUGAAUAUCAUCGACUUUAUAUUACUUUAAAUCGUUUCAAAACACAACAAACUAUCGAUCGUGUACAUUCUAAUGUCACUGAAACCUGAUAACCGUUAUAUGCAGUAGUAAAUUUGAACGAUAUUUACGGUGUUAAUUCAGGAAGUAAAUGUAAGAAUCAAUCCUCUUAAAUCUUAUGAAAUUUUAACUUAAAGUUUAAGAUUAAAACUGUGAACGAGCAACGGUGGAAAUGGAAGUCUCCGGUAAACCAGCUGAAGCAAGACAUGAUUUACAAUUUUGUGACCAUUGUGAAUUUGAAAAUGUUACAACAAAAGCAAAUGGAAUAUGUUGGGAAUGUGAAGAAUAUAUGUGCAACGCAUGCUUUCGGAAUCAUCUGAAGGGUAAAAGGAAUAGAAAUCAUGAAUUUAUUGAUAUGAAUGACCCAAAGUUGCUGCAAAGAAAGUUGCAGAAGAAGUAGAGAAAUGUAAACUGCACGAUAAUGAGGCGAUCAAAUUCUAUUGUCGUAAACACGAAAUAGUUGGAUGUUGUGACUGCAUUAUACUGGAUCAUAGUACAUGUAAACCCGAAUACAUAAAGGACCUGUCGAGAAAUUUUCAAGAAACUGAGGAUUUUAUUAUCUUGAAGAGGAAAAUUGAACAACUGGAGCGUGAGAACAAAACAAACUAUGAGAACGUUCAAAAGAAUCGUAAGGACUGUAAAGGGAUGCACGAAGAAGUGCUAACUAAAAUAAGAAAGUUCAGAGCAGAUAUCAAUAUUUGUCUGGAUAAGGCAGAAUCAGCUAUUAUAUCUGAAAUGAAACAGCUUAUGUCCGACAACGACAGACUUCUUGAUAAGCUAGACAACGAAUAUGCAAAAUGUGCAUCUAAAAUUGAAGGAUUAAAGCAGAAACUUGACCCAACUGUCCAUAGAGAAAAUGCACUGUUUAUACAAACAGUACGUAGCAAAGAAAUGUUUCUUGAAAUUGAGCAUGAACUGUCAAAAAAUGUACAGUCGGUAUGCGAAGUAAAGAGUAGUGAAUUUGUUCCUAACCAACAACUCUCCAGUAUCAUCAAGUCAGGAGGAAAACUUGGAAAAUUGAAUAUUUCUAAUAUAAAUGAAGCUAAGCAUGGUGAAAUCACAAAUGUAGAAAUGAACGUUGAUUCAUUAACAUUUGUGGAACCAGAGAGGCCAAAGAAGCCAGUACAGCAGGAAACAGAUAGAAAAACUGAUGUGAGACCGUCACCUGUUUUUGUCGGUGCCCAUGUACAAGCAGAAUCGUCACUUGACUUGUUCCAUCAUGGCUGGCAACAAGGUACUGUAACAGCUGUACAUCCAGACGGUACUGUCGACGUGAGGUGGAAUUUUUCAGGAGAAACACGGUCUGGUUACAGAGUAGGAACGGGAUGGAACACUGUUAUACUCAUUCAAGAAAGAAAAUGUUGACGAAAUGCCUUUUAAUGUAUUUCGAUUGGGGAUUUCCUAACAGAAAUAUGCAGAAUAAGUUUAGACGUGACGGAGACAGCGACAGUCAAAAGUUAUCACGCUGUCCAGAAACGGCUUAUUAUUUGGACUACAUUGAAAAGUCACCAGUGACCUAUAAAAAUAAAGGAGUGAUGUUAUCGCAGUGGCUACAAAUAUCUGAAAUUAUGGAUCCGUUUUUGGAAGUUUAUUUUCUUUUAGAUUUAUUACAAUUAUUUGUAUUAAUAAGAAUUCAUUAUUUCUGCAAUGUAAGUUUGUUAUGUCUCAGACUGCAUUAACCUUAUAUCCCAACAUGUGAAAACUCGACAAAUAUUCUAAACAAAAGAAAGUUCGGUAUAGACAUACAUCUGCACAUAGAUGAAGAGAAAAGCGUGUUUGAAUGAUUUUUGUUAUUCAUAUUAAAACAUACUGCAUCAGCAAUUUUACAUAUAUAUUAUCAAGAAACCAGUCACAAAUGAUAACAGCUUCAAAUUGAAAAGCUUGAGCUGUGUAAACCUAACAGAAUCACAUUAGGCCUACAACCUAAGAAACUGUGUCUCUUUUCGUGUGAAUGUUUGGAACUGAGGACUUAAUGUUAAAUAGUUUGUGUUCCAAUUUCAAAGUUUAUAGAGGUCAGAAUUUACAUAAUCCAGGGAUCGUAGACAAUGACUAUUGUAA